UAGAUCGGAAAAUGAAAGGAUUAAUGUAUUUGUCAUAUCAUGAUCCUUCGUGACCGCAGUUUGUCCAAGUGGAGCUACCGUACAACGUCUUCCACGGCUCUCUAUGUACUCUUUGGCGAGCCGAACGCGCUUCAGGAAAAACAAAAUAUAACUCUUACUGAAUUACAACUAAACGGAGUGAAGCCUCGACACACACAGUACGACCCAAAAACUUCUUUACUCGACUUAAGUAUCAAGAAUUAAGUCCUCGUGUUUGGAUGAACUCGUCUCGGUUACAUGGAGGCGUCUCCUUCUAGCUUAGCUUAGUUUGCUAGCUGUGAACAAAGGGACUCGUUUGUGAGCAGCAAACUAGAUCAACUGCGAGUGUCUAUUAUUGUGUUAUCGCGGGAAAAUGUGUGCUAAAAGUGAGAAAGAAGAAUAUGAGGGUGAACUUUCUCGGACAAAAGAGAACAAGCGACGACGUCAACAGCUGGACGCUGUUUUCAAGAAGCCUCAAAUUGUCUUCCAGAAAGCAGAUUACCAGGACCUUGAUGACUGAUCAUCUACACAGACAUUGUUAAAACAAAUACUACACAACAACGGAAUGGCGCCGGAGCCGGAGUCCCCCGUUAAAGAGGAAGAAGAGGAGGGAGCGCCUUCUUGCUUUACAGAAGAGAAGCAGUCACAACUUCCACACAUUAAAGAGGAAGAAGAUGAGACUGAUAUCACCAAUUUUCCCUUGACUGAUGCCAUUGUCAAGUGUGAAGCUGAUGAUGACGAAGGCGAAAGUAAUGGUGACAACUGUGGAGGAUUACAAACAGACAGCCUUUUACCGCCACUAUCAGACAGUGACGACCAAACCUCGCACGCUUGUGAUACUGAUGACGAGAGGCCAUCAAAAGGUGACAGAACACGUCAUGCUGACAACAAACCCUGGAAAUGUUCUCAAUGUGAGAAAACCUUUGAUGCCAAGUAUACUUUGAAAGUACAUAUGAGAAUACAUACGGGCGAGAAACCUUUUGCCUGCUCAGUUUGUGGUAAAACGUUCACUCAGAGGGGACAUUUGGGAACACAUGCAAGAAAGCACACCGGGGAAAAACCUUUUGUUUGCUCCUUUUGCGGGAAAAGAUUCUCUGGAAAAGGAAACUUAAGAACACAUACAAGAACUCAUACUGUGGAGAAACCUUUUGCCUGUUCGGUGUGUGGCAAAAGAUUUACUAUCAAAGGAAACUUAAGAACACACACAAGAACACACACUGGGGAGAAACCUUUUGCAUGCACAGUUUGUGGUAAAAGAUUUUCUCAAAAGCCAAAUUUAGUUACACAUGCCAGAACUCACACCGGGGAGAAACCUUUUGCAUGCUUAGUUUGUGGUACAACUUUCUCUACAAAGGAUGGUUUGAUCAGGCACACUAAAACACACACUGGAGAUAAACCUUUUCCCUGCUCAGUUUGUGGUAAAAGAUUCUCUCAAAAGCCAAAUUUGGCUGCACACGCAAGGACACACAGUGGAGAGAAACAUUUGUCUCAUUUUCUGGUCACAGAUUCAAGAUGAAUAUGAUGGAUGGUCUGACUUUUUUGUUUUCCUUUAGUGCCGACACCAAUUAUUGGUAAUCAAGGAAACCGAUAACCAAUAUUUGUCGCGGAAAAUUAUUUGCAUCAACAUUUUUAAUACAAGUCCCAACAUUUUGUUGUAAUGCGUUUUGUCACAUGUUUAUCAAACAUUUUUUUUUACUUGUUUCAAAAUAGACAUAUUUGUUUUUUAAGGCUAACUAAAAAUGCAGGGAGCUUGCAGGCUCAGCAGCAUGUCUUCUAAAGUUGAAUGAAAACAUGAAUAAAUAAGAUAAAAUAAGAUAAGAUAUCCUUUAUUUGUCCCACAGUGGGGAAAUUUACAGUCUACAGCAGCAAGAUUGUGGGUAGAAGAAGAAAGAAGAAAAAACUUUUGCAUUCACAGAUAAAGAGAAGGUGGCUGUGCUCUUUACCAAUAAAAAUAAAUUGCUGCCUAAAGUUUUAUUCAAUUUCAAUAUCAUUAUACUUUUAAUCUUUCACUUCUCACUCAUUAUUAUCUUUGUUUAAAGUUCAAAAUCAAGAGCCCUCAGUCCUCUAUGCAGCGACAGACCAGCAGGUCACCAAUGUGAAGUCACCAAUGUGAAGUCCACCUGAGAAAUUAACAUCUCAAAAUAGCCCAGUUUGCGAUGGAUCACUUAUUGUCCAUCAGAUUUAAAAAAAAAACCAGCAGGUACUGACCUGCACCAACAUGCCAAAUAUCAGCCCCAAUAAUCAGCUGCGUCGCUAAUUGGUCACUCACGAAUGAAGACAAAUUCAAUAGGGCAAACAAAAUCAUAUCCGCACGCCACACAGUUCUGGAGUUGUGAGUUUGAAUCUGGGUUCUGGCCCUCCUGCGUGGAGUUUGCAUUUUCUCUCCAUGCUCACGUGGGUUUUCUCUGGGCACUUCAUAUUCCUUGCACUUUCCAAACAUGCUUCUUAGGUUAAUUAAGGACUGUGUUGUCCAUAAGUGUGAAUAUUUGUUUGCCUGUGCCAUACCAAUCGUCUAGGAUAUACACCGCCUCUCAUCCAAAGUCAUCGGGGAUACCCACGAGACAAGUGAGGACAGGCAGUUUAGAAAAUAGAUGGAUGGACAGGGCAGAAACAGUUUUCAUACUCAUUUUGUGGUCAAAGAUUGUCAAGUACAGACAAGACCAAGAGACACAAGUGAAGUGCCAAAUAGACUCUGGUGGAACUUUGACUCUUGGUGGUAUGAUGGAAAAAAAUGUACAUGUGAGUUUAAAUAAAAUACAAGUCAAACAGUGA